AUGGAUAACCCAAGCAAGGUUGUCAAAGUCUUAGCUUCUGAUGGAAAGACAGGCGAACAGCGGGAGAUUGCGUACACCGGCUGCCGAGUCAUUGGUAACGGCAGCUUUGGUGUCGUUUUUCAGGCCCGCCUUGUCCGCUACGCCCCAGAUGGCCAUGAGAUCCCUGCUUCGGAAAUUACGGACGAAAGUGACAGCAUCGCGAUUAAAAAAGUGCUUCAGGAUAAGCGCUUUAAGAACCGUGAAUUGCAAAUCAUGCGCGUCCUUACUCAUCCGAACGUCGUCAACCUUCGGGCUUUCUUUUACACUAACGGCGAUAAGAAAGACGAGGUGUUCUUGAAUCUUGUCCUCGAUUAUGUCCCAGAGACUGUCUACCGCGCGACACGUCAUUAUACCAAAGUCAAACAAACAAUGCCGAUGCUGCUUGUGAAGCUCUACAUGUACCAGAUCCUGCGCAGCUUACUGUACAUUCACUCAUUGGGAAUAUGUCAUCGUGAUAUCAAGCCGCAGAAUUUGCUACUUGAUCCCCGUACCGGCGUCCUCAAGCUCUGUGACUUUGGCUCUGCCAAGAUUCUCGUACCGGGUGAACCUAAUGUCAGCUACAUUUGCUCGCGCUACUACCGCGCUCCGGAGCUUAUUUUCGGGGCUACAAACUACACUACCAACAUCGAUAUCUGGUCGACUGGCUGUGUCAUGGCAGAGCUUAUGCAGGGUUUGCCUCUCUUCCCAGGAGAAAGCGGCAUUGACCAGCUCGUCGAAAUCAUCAAGGUGCUUGGUACACCGUCUCGCGAACAGAUUAAGACUAUGAACCCCAACUACAUGGAGCACAAAUUCCCCCAGAUCCGUCCUCAUCCGUUCCCCAAGAUCUUCCGCCCUCGCACACCCGCAGAUGCGAUUGAUCUAAUUACAAACCUACUGCAAUACACCCCUCAUGCUCGACUAACUGCGGUGGAAGCUCUUUGCCAUCCUUUCUUCGACGAACUUCGCGAGGAAGAUGUCAUUUUGUCCAAUGGCCGCCCUAUGCCGGAUCUUUUUGAUUUCACCCGCGAGGAAUUGUCUGUCCGACCUGAUCUAAUCAAGCACCUCGUUCCACAGCGCGCCGAGGCAGCUUUGCGUAACAAAGGGAUUGACGUGAACCAGUUCGAACCUAUUCCCGCAGAAAAGCUACGAGUAAGUCUAGAAUAG